AUGCCGUCCUCCAGGCAGGGCUCCUCCGCCGUGUCUGCGCCAACGACCGCGGCUACGCGGAGACAGUCCAUCGUGCCCAAGGCUCCUACGCCCACCACUAGCAAGGCGCCGACACCGUCUUCUGGGCGAGCGUCCUUGGCACCGUCCGCUCCCAAGACCACCACCGCGUCGGCCUCGCGUAGUCCGGCAGCGACACCUGAUUCAGCGGCCGGCGCACUUCGUCCGCGGGCUUCCGUGAGCGGUGAAGUGAAGCGAACAGCUAGCGGCCCGCGCGCUAGUCUUGCCCCGUCGAGCAACAGACCGCCGAGCACUGCUUCUACGCGGCCUACGCGGACUCCUGGUGCUGGAUCCAUAUCCUCUAUCAGGGAGGUCCGAGAUGACAGCAAAGCGGUUGAGGAAUUGCAGACCAAGCUCAACGAGGCGAACACGUCGCUUGCCGCGAAGGCAGAGACAGUGACCGAGCUCGAGGCACAGGUCGGCACUCUCAAGUCCUCUUUGGAGGCCGCGACUGCCGAAAUGGAAGCCAAGCAAGCCGUCCUUCAGGCAUUGGAGGAGUCCAAGGCCCAGACACAGAAAGAGCUCGCAGAAGCGCAGGAGAACCUCAAUCAGCUCCAAACCGGUCCCUCUGGGGACGACUCCGUGCUGGAAUCUGUUCGUGAAGAGCUCGAGGCUGCAUGGACCACUGCGGCCGCCCAGACCGAGCUUGUUGCUAGCCUGCAAGCUGAGACCGCGUUGCUUGAGUCCGAAUUGAAGGCCGCAAAGGAGAAUCUAGAUACUCUCCGCUCUUCGUCUGACGAGGCUUCCACCAAUGCGGCAGCCGCAGCAGAGGCCGAGCAUGCAGCCUUAGUCAAAGCGAAGGAAGACCUCGAUGCGAUCCAGGCUGAGACGGAAAGCCUCAAGGCUGCACACGCAGAAGCUCUUGCCGAUGCUGAGGCCAGGGUCGCUGCUCUGCAGGAGCAGGCGGCCCGCUCUGAGGCGCUCGAGGCACAGCUCGCAGAGUUGAAGGCCGAGAACGACGAGAAGUCCACCAAGGUCUCGGAGCUUGAGAUCGAGAUCCUCGAGAUUAAGGAGGAGCAGGAGCAGAAGGAGGACGAGCACGCGCAGUCUGUCGCUCGCAUUCUCUCCCUCGAGGAGGAACUCGUGAAAGCCAAUGAAGCCAUGACGCAGGCCCUCGAAGAGGCCCAGGCUCGGGAAGCUGAGAAGCUAAACGCAGCCAGUGAGGUCGCGAAGCUACUCACACAGGACAUCGAAGCUGCUCGCGUGGAGCAUGACAAGUUAUCUGUUCAGCUCAAGGAACUCGAGGAGAACCUCGCCAAGGCUUUGGAGGGCCAGGAGCAAGCCCGGGCGGAGAUCGAAGCCCUUACAGCAGCGCAUAGCCUGCAAAUUGAGGAGCUCCAGGCUGCUGCGCAGGAAGCCCAGAACAAGCUUACCGAAGAGCUCGAUGCAACGAAGACGGAGCUCGAGAACCAAGAAGCCAAGUACAACGCGAAGGUCGACGACGUGAAGGCUGAGCAUGAUCAGUUGCUGCAAGAGGCGUUCGAGCGUGCUAAGAAUGAGGCUGGUGAUGUUCACGGCCAGGAUCUCCAUGCACUUCGUGCUGAGUCUCAGGCUACGAUCGAGCAGCUCCGUGUUGCUCAUCAAACAACGAUCGAGGGGCUCAAGGCUGAGCAUCAAGCUGCGCUCGAUAACCAGGUCAAGACGCUCGAGAAGCAGAUCACCAAUCAGAGCCUCGAGCUCAAGGCUACGCAGGAGGACCUCGCGAAGGCGAAAGCUGCCCUGGCUUCCUCAACUCAGGAGCUGCAGUCGCUGAAGGUACAGCUUGACGAGGCUCGCCAGAUUGCUGCCGCAGUCGACAAGUCCGACAAGGACGAAGUCAUCGCUCGUCUCUCGAAGGACCUCUCCAAUGCGCGUGACGACCACGCCUCAUUGAACGACAUGUUCAUUGCCACAAAGGAAUCCUUGACUGAAGUCUCGAAGAACCACCAGAAAGAGCUCGAGGAAGCUGCGAUGGGUCGUGCUGAGGAGGUCACUAAGCUCCGAACGGCGUACCAGGAUGAAGUAGCGGCGUUGGCAUCCGAGAAGUCUGCAUUGCAGACGAUGCUGUCAGACCUUGAAGGCGAGCUUGCGACUCUGAAGGCGACUGUGGCUGCAGAGCCCGUGACGCCUUCGAAGAGCAACGGGUCUGCACACGUGCGGGCAUCAAGUGUCUCGCGGGACGAACUCCAGCGACUGCAUGAGGCGCAUAAUCUGAAGAUCCACGAUGUACAGGCGGAACAUGAGCGGUCGAUCAGAGCGCUGAGAGAGGAGCUUGAAGUCGCCUUGUCGAAGGCCGAUGAGCUGCAACAAGAAGUCGCGCGGAAGGCCAUGGAGAUCCAAUACCUCGAACAAGAUCAGGAUGAACACCAGGAUCAGAUAACACGAUUGGAAGAAGACGUCGAGCAACUCAAGGAGCAGUUGAAAUCCAAAGAAUAA